AUGUCUGCCAGCCCUUCUCCAUCCGCCGGUGGCGAUAGCAAGCAGUCGGAUCAGAUUCAUUUCCGUUUCUGUCGCGAAUGCUCCAAUUUACUCUAUCCCAAGGAAGAUCGCGUCAACAACCGUCUGAUGUUUACGUGUCGAACCUGCCACGUCGGCGAGCCCGCGACCUCAUACUGUGUUUAUCAAAACAACCUGAACAACCAGGUUGGAGACACUGCUGGUGUGACCCAGGAUGUGGGAUCCGAUCCAACGGUUUGUCUCCCUGGUUUCUGUUCACACUGCGGGGAAGAGAUUACUUGCUUUACCUGUGGGCAGCUGCCCGAUGACACACUCUCGGAUUGGGAUUCUGAGGAUUCCCUGGGAUUUUAA